AUGAACGCGUUCCGAUUCUCAAAAGUGAUUUCAGAUAGGCUUGCUACCUUCUCUGCUCAAGCUGGAAACAAAUCAAUGCAAAAGGCCGUAUUCUUUGGAUCUGGAGCAGCUGUUGCAACAGGCGCACUGUUUGCAAGCACUCUAUUCGCCGAUGCACCAAAGUCAGCUGUAGCUUUGGACGGCGAAUCUUUUGUAGGCUUCAAGCUUCAAAAAGUGACAACCUUGAAUCAUAAUACCGCAAGAUUCAGCUUUGCAUUCCCAGCGGGUACCACAGAUCUAGGAUUACCUACAGCUUCAUGUCUUGUCGUGAAAUUCGCUCUACCUACAAACGAAGGCGAAAAACCUAAAAAUGUCAUUCGGCCUUAUACACCAAUCCACAGCGAGACACCUGGUACCUUUGAUUUGCUCGUAAAGAAAUAUCCAGGUGGUGCUGCUUCGUCUCAUAUUCACAGUUUGAAGGUUGGCGACACUCUUGCAAUGAAGGGCCCGAUUCCCAAGUAUAUACUGAAGCAGAAUGAAUUCAAACAUAUUGGAAUGGUUGCUGGUGGAACAGGUCUUACGCCAAUGAUGCAAAUCAUCUCUCACGUAUUGGCAGACAAGUCAGAAAAGACCAAACUAUCUCUAAUCUUUGCCAACCAAACUGAAGAGGACAUCCUGCUCAAAGACUGGCUAGAUCAACAAGUAAAGGCUCAUCCUGGACGUUUCGAAGUCUUCUAUACUUUGGACAAGGCUCCAGAAGGAUGGAAGUUUGGCAAAGGGUUUGUGACUGAAGAUAUGUUAAAAAAGUUUAUGCCAAAACCUACAGAGGGCAAAGUGUUUAUCUGUGGGCCAGAUCCUUUCGUCAAAUUCUUGUCUGGCGCCAAGGCUCCCGAUCGAUCGCAAGGACCUAUUGGUGGUUUACUAGAAAAGAUGGGGUUCAAAUCUGAAGAUGUAUUCAAGUUUUAG